AUGUCUACCAAACAGUUCCAACAAUAUCCUGGGUACUACCCAGAACAGUACCCUUAUCAGUACCAGGGUCAACAGGGCCAAACCCAACUGCAACAGGGCCAGCAGAUGCAACAACAGCCUCAACAGCCCAUGAGUGGUCAACAAUUGCAGAAUCAAGCCGGUCAAUACGGCCUGCAAUCCUAUAAUCAAUACUACAUGAUGAACAACCAACAGGUUGCAGCUCAGGGUCAACAACAACAGCUGCAAUCCCAGCUGCAACAGCAUCAACCGCAACAACUGCAACUGCAAUCUCUGCAACAACAACAACCGGGGCACCAAUCCCAACAACAAAAUGGCCAGCAGUCGCAAUACUCGCAAUAUCAACAACCUCAAUUGGCCCAAGGCUCUCAACAAGGUAAUGCCAGUGCUAUCGGUGGUAACGGUAAUGUCGAGUAUUCCCAUCAUUUCCCUGCAUACAACGCGGGUCAAAACUCGUAUGCACAAUAUCCUAUGUACCAGAACGUCCCUGGUGGUCCUCAGAUCUCUGCAACGGCCGGCACGGGAGCCAACUCAGCUGCCCCCCAGCCGCAACUCUACGAAGGGGCUUCAAACCAGAGACAAGACUACCGCACUGCGUCUGGCUCAAAUCUGACUGGUGCCUCCUCGGCUCAACAGCAGAAGGCCACCUUGGCCACCCCCACUGGACCAACUACUGGUGUUCCUGCCUCUUCUUCUAGUACCCUGGCCACCCAGGCUAGCAACGCCACCUCGCAAUCUGGUCGUCCACAAAGCACUGUGUCCAACGCAGCAUCUGUGCCAGGCACAGGAGCGCGGACUGCAGGAAGUGUGAGUUCCGACGCAGCUGCGGUUAAAGCUAAGAGGGAAGAGUUGGAGACCCCUUCCUCGAACUCAACUUUGGGUCAACUCCAACCUCCUGGAAUUCGUCCAAGAGUCACCACCACCAUGUGGGAGGAUGAGAAGACUCUUUGUUACCAGGUUGAUGCCAACAAUGUUUCUGUGGUGCGCCGUGCUGACAACAAUAUGAUAAACGGUACUAAGCUCUUGAAUGUCGCUCAGAUGACCCGUGGUCGUCGUGACGGUAUUUUGAAACUGGAAAAGAUGCGUCACGUAGUAAAGAUUGGUUCCAUGCAUUUGAAGGGUGUAUGGAUUCCUUUUGAACGUGCGCUUGCAAUGGCUCAACGUGAAGGUAUCGUGGACAUGUUGUACCCAUUGUUCGUACGUGAUAUCAAGAGAAUGAUUCAAACCGGUGUCACUCCAGCAUCGCAUCUGAAUACUGCUUCCAAUGCCGCUGCAUCGUCUGCUGCUGCCGGAAAAGCGGUUUCUCUUGCUACUGCUGGCAGCUAUCCAGGCGCUUCUGCCGGUGGUGCUUCAGCUGCAUCUAAUAGUAACUUCUUCCAACAACAGUACGCCGGACAGUAUCCUCAGGCUGGUGCUUCUUCUUCCAACCCAGCAGCUUCUGCUGCCGAGCCCGGCAAUACCGCAUCUCAGCACGUUCAACAACAACAACAGCAACAACAACAGCAUCAAGCUAAUCAACAAGCUCAACAAACUCAACAACAACAACAGGCUCCUCAACAAGUCUAUGGCUACUCUCAGCCAUAUUAUAAUCAAUACUAUGGCCAGUAUAACCAGGGCGGAGCUGUUGGCAAUGGAGCUGGUGGAGCCGCCAACUAUUCAUCUUACUCACAAGAGCAAUACUCCUCAUAUCCUGGAUAUCCUCAAAGCAAUAUGUCGAGUGCUGCCCAGGCUGUAGGCCAGAAGUCUUCUUUCGACCAAGGUCUGAAAGCAAGCAAAGCCAGCCUUCCAAAACAACAGGGCUCUCCUGGUCAAAAGGAUUCCAAGGACAACGAGAAAAAAGCAAAGGCUUAA